AUGAUUGUGUCUCGUACGCAACUAGUGCUGUUCUGUGCCCUGCUGCAUUAUCGAGUGGAAAGCCAACAGGAGGUGCUUAUCGAGGAAUCACUGGAGGUGGAGUCGGUGCAGGGUCCUACGAACGGUCGGGUGGAGCUGCCGUGUGACGUCAGCCCUGCCCUGUCAGCGGAUCGCGUAGGCCUCGUGAUAUGGUACAAGCAGGGACACGAAACGCCGAUAUACUCAUUAGACGCACGAGAGGGCAUAACGUCCCAAUGGUCCGAUCCUUCGACCCUGGGUAACCGGGCCAGUUUCCGGACGAACACCACGCCCGCCGUGCUGGUACUGAAUAAGCUGAGGCCAGAAGACAGCGGUCAGUACAGGUGUAGAGUGGACUUCAUAAAGUCACCGACGAAGAAUACGAGGCUCAACCUAACAGUGCUUAUUCCCCCGGAUCGGCUGAUUGUGCUGAACGAAAGGAACGAUGAAGUACAUGGAAACGUCCUCGGCCCAUACGACGAGGGCGCCGAGGUCAACUUGACGUGCGUAGCUGUGGGAGGCCGACCUAUCGCGAGGGUCUCGUGGUGGAAGACACACGCACUGCUGGCGAACUCCGAAGCAAGAGCCACCGUCUCCCUAAAGCUACACAGGCCAGACUUCGGAACAGAAAUCACGUGUCAGGCAGUCACCGAUCCGUCAAUACCACCGUUAUCCCACAGGCUGUCGAUUGACAUGAAUCUGCCCCCGCUUUCUGUGAGAAUACAAGGUGGUAAGAGGCCAUUAGUCGCUGGUCAGAGCACGGAGCUGACCUGCCAAGUGGUGGGGGCCAGGCCUAAGCCUGCUAUAUCUUGGUGGAAGGGAGGGACCAAGUUGAAAACCGUCAGGGAUUCGACCUCUAUGGAUGGCAACGUCACCAUCAGCGUCCUCACCUUCGUGCCGGCCAUAGAAGACGCGGGGAGAGUACUCUCGUGCAGGGCAGCUCAGCCCUUAGUGUCGCAUACCACCCGCGAGGAUGGAUGGAAGCUGGAGAUACAACAUUUACCAGUCGUGACUUUGAAUUUUGGUGCGAAUAUUGAUGCCAACAAAGUAGUGGAGGGGUCCGAUAUUUAUUUGGAUUGUAGAGUUCGUGCUAACCCGUGGUACAGCAAUGUUCAUUUUACACACAAUGGUGUCACGGUGAGAGCGGGUCCAGGGGUGUUGCUCGCCAACCAGAGCCUGGUGUUGCAGCACGUGUCCAGGCAUGCGGCUGGCGCUUACAUCUGUUCCGCCACGAACUCCCUGGGCGAUGGACUGAGUACGCCGCUGAUGUUGGAUGUCAAGUACGCCCCGACGUGCAAAUCGGAGCAGCCAAUCAAUAUAAGGGCGGCGAGAGGGGAGGCCGUGGAGAUUGUGUGCGCAGUGGACGCUAAUCCCAAGGCGUCCUUGACUUAUCAGUGGUGGUUCAACAGUACAACGCACAGCAGACGCGACCUAAAGCCGCCAUUACACUCACAAAGUAUAAUAGGUACUUUUCUCUACGUUGCGAACUCUUCAGCUGAUUAUGGAUGGGUUCAAUGCUCUGGCUCGAAUUCGGUGGGGGCCCAGACGCAGCCGUGCGUGUAUCAGAUCUUGCCGGCUGAAAAACCGUCGUCAGUCAGAAACUGCGAAAUAACGAAUGUUACGUACGACUCUCUAGUAAUCAACUGUUCGCCGGGCCAUGACGGCGGAGUGCGCCAAAUGUUUGUUCUCGAGGUGGUCGAUAAGGCGACUGGUGCCCUUUUACGCAAUAUCACGGCCGACGAACCGCGUUUCGAUGUUCCCGGUCUAUCUUCGAGUGGCGUUUUGUCCCUGGCAGUGAGGUCGUAUAACAGCAAAGGCUCCAGCGAGGCCUUUACCCUCGUCUGCAAUCUGCUCCAGUAUCCUGAGAGACGGACGGCUCAAGUGCCCGUGAAGGUGGAAUUGACGACCCUGCUAAUAACAGUUUUGGCGGCGGUGUCAAUAAUUAUGAUAAUGGCCGCCGUGUCAGCGGCGGUGUGUUACUGCAAAUACUGUAAUAACAGGGGAGAUACAAACGAAAAAGCAAAGCGAUCUCAGGAGGAGAGUUCAAAUGUUUUGCUUACGGACGAGAAGAAAACUGACAGUGCUGAUAGCUUAGAUAAAAACCCAGACAUAAUACCGUUGAACACGAAACUGAGUGAUAGCUGCUCGAACAAAUCCUCCGCCACCGACUACAGUUCCGUCAGGCCUCUGAUAUCCACCACCAACUUGGAGGAGUUCGAGAUAAGCACCCGUUUCAACGCCCCGUACAAUCACCCGAUGAACAGUUCGCUCCAGUACGAGCAUCCGUUGAAGUACCGUCUGCCCAGCUACCAGCCAGGCUUGGCCCCGAUGGCGAACAUUGGGCCGAACGUAUACAGGCCGUACCACAAUGGCUACGAGGACUGGCUGAGGUAUAAGAACGCGUUGCCGCUGGACAGCAGUCAUUUGCUACCCUUAGAGCAACUCAGACCACCAGAGGAGUACAUUACCCCCCCACCUCCAGUACUCAGCGAUCUCUACCGGACCCAAUACCACAUGGAGUCCAACUUGCAAGAUUUGGAACGCGGCCGUAUGGAGCACAAUGCAACCCCUUGCCAAAGCCUUCGAUCCGAAACGCCUGCGGUCAGGGUGCAUUCUGAGAGCAAUAGCGUGUACUUCAACAAGUUCGGUGCCGCGAGCAACUCUCUUCCGAGAUUCAAAGCUAUGUCUCCGAAACCCCGGCCAAAGGAAACCAAACUGGACGCCAAUACAAAAUCGACAGAGACUGAAACUGGA